AUGAAUGGUGAUGCUGAUGCCGCCCCUGGAUUUGAAUCCGAGCCUGGCACUGGCACUGACUCCGUUUCAGACUCGGACUUGGGCUUGGCGGCUCCCAUUGUGGAGGAAGAGGUUGAAGAAGAAGAUGAGGGGCUGGUUGAUUCAGAUAAUGAUGCUGGCCACUUGGUUUCCACAAUCUCCCGAGCCCCAUCUGACGUGACUACAGCAGAUCCUGUACCUGUAUCGGCGUCAGUGGGGUCCUCGGCAGGGUCCCCUCGCAGCAUGCGAGGUGCAGGUGAGGAUGAGGGUGAGGCUGAGGGUCACGAAUCCGCUAGUUUUGAUUGCGACCACGAGUCUCAAAGCUCGGGGGAGGUGCAUACUUCACAUCCUGGGCAGGGGGAUGCUGCCGCAGGUGUGGGCUCUUCGGAUGCUGUGGCAUUGGAACGAUAUGUCAUGAACAAGGAGUGGGUCAAAUUCCUUCCGAGUGAUUUGACAGAUGGUGCACAUAGCCUGAGCUCACCCUUUGCGCUCGUGUCUCCGACGGUUCAUAUGGAAUCACGAGAUGAUCUCGAAUUGGAGCUGGAGAACCUGAUGGAAACCAUCUACUGCAAUGACCCUGUAGAUUCUGUCGACUCCGAGAAUGAGGCACAUGAUGCAUGUCACAUGGGCAAUGCAUGGGCUGCAUAA